GAAUCUGAUUUGCAUUCAUUUUGGGGAAAUUUAAGAAAACGAACCGAGUCGGAUUUCAAGAACAACGAUAUACGAGUAAAUAUAUCUACAGGAUUCUAAGAAAAAGAGUUCUGACGUUACUUUUUGUAUACUUAAUUGUUUUAAAGUGUGGUGGGACCUGAGUGAACGCCUCUUUCGAGAAGUGACCUAUCAAUUGUCCCAAGUCGAGUGAGCAACUCAACUCAUCUACAUACAACCCGAUAUUUCUUCAUUAGCAAUCAGUAGAUAUGAAGAGAUCACCACCAUCAUUAUCGUCGUCGUCGAUAUCGACAGGAGGAGAAACACUGGAUGAUUACGAGAGUUUAAAUUGCAUCACCACGUCAGAUACCCAAAGCAGCAUUUCUUCCGAUAUCAGAGAUGCAGGGAAAAGGAGAGGAGGAGAGAUAGAGAUGAGUAUUCUACAACCAGAAUCAAGUCCUGCAUUUAAAGGAAGAAAAGCAUCGCCUACUCCAUCGAUGUUGACGAGGAGAACAUCGGAGGAGGAAUCUAUCCUGAAUGGGCAGGCGGCGGGGUAUGAGAAUAAGAGGAGACUCCAGAGAGCGGGUAGUGGGAAUGGGGGUAGGCGGAGGGGAGGGGAGAAGAAGGAGGGGGUUAAGAGAAGACAUUCGAGUAAUGAACAUGCUAAUGUCUAUACUGAGUGCGGAAGACAUUCAGAUGAUUGGCUAUUCGGAGGAUUUUCCGUUACAGAUGCAGUAAAGAAGAUUUGGCAGAAGGGUGGAAAAGAUUCGGGGUGAACCUUGAAAGAGUGGGUGAUUGAAGGAAAGAAACAAUGGCAGAAAGAGCUCCGACAAUUGAAGGACCUACGUUGAAAUGCCCCGUAUACAGAUACAUAUCAGAAUUGAACAGCCAGGAUGACGGCUAUGGUCAGGAGGAGAGAGCCUCGGCGGCGUUUGCGUUCUUGGAGAGUUCGAAUUCCUGUUGGGAAGGGAAGGGAUCGAGAUGGUAUUGGUAACAGGGGGAUUAUCUUACCCCUCGUGUUGGGUUGAAGAGAAUGUAGUGUAGAGCACCAUGACGGUAUGAAGAGGGUUUUGGUUCUUCCAUAUAAUUUAUAAUUCCUGUUCGAUCAUUGGUCAAUGGAUUAAAUCCCCAUAUAUAAAUCCCUAAUUGAUGUUUAUUAAUGCA